AUGAAAAUGAUGAAUGGUAAAUAUAAACCAGUCGAUGUAGAUAACAGUUGGAUUGUUCCUUACUCUCCACUUGUUUCAAAAAUAAUGAAAGCACAUAUCAAUCUUGAAUCAUGUAGUUCAGUCGUUGCAAUAAAAUACAUAUUGAUUCACAAAGGGAGUAAUCAAGCAAUGUUUACAAUCGAAAAUAAAAAAGAUGAAAUUGAAGACUAUCAAUCUGGAAGAUACAUAAAUAGUAAACCCAGAAUGUUUUUAUCUACGAAUAUUAUUACAUAA